AGACAGCAUGAGCGCGGAGAAAAGUCCCGUCCAUCCCAGAUAGGAUGCAUCUGAGUUGAUUGGUGAAUCUGUAAGGAUAGCUGCAAGAAGCAAGAUGAGCUGCUAGCAGGCACAUCUGAAAGUUAAAGAGGAUUAUUAUUAUUUUGUUUGCAUUUUCGAGCCCCGGCAAACUUCAGGGAGGAAAAAAACCCGUAGCCCUGGCAUCCAGCCUCGUCAGGGGGAGGAAAGUAGCAGCAGCGAAUCUGACAAGAGGAACUUGAACGGAGCAACUGGAUUUUUUGAAGUGCAAUCUGCAGUCACUUGAAGUUACGUUUUUUUUUAUCCAAAGGAAAAGCAAAAUUCUGCCCCUGAAGCAAAUCACGAUGGUGCAUUGUGCUGGUUGCGAGAGGCCUAUUUUAGAUAGGUUUCUCUUAAAUGUGCUGGACAGAGCCUGGCACGUGAAGUGCGUCCAGUGUUGUGAAUGCAAGUGUAAUUUGACUGAAAAAUGCUUUUCCAGGGAAGGGAAGCUAUACUGUAAAAACGAUUUCUUCAGGCGGUUUGGUACGAAAUGUGCGGGAUGUUAUCAAGGUAUCUCUCCAAGUGACCUCGUAAGAAAAGCAAGAAAUAAAGUAUUUCAUCUCAACUGUUUUACUUGUAUGGUUUGUAACAAACAAUUGUCGACUGGCGAGGAACUAUAUAUCAUCGACGAAAACAAAUUUGUGUGCAAAGAAGAUUAUAUGAGCACUAGCAGUUUUAAAGACACCAACUUAAAUUCAGUAUCUUCGUGUACAGACCGGAGUUUAUCGCCUGAUAUCCAGGACCAGAGUGUAGACGAUACAAAAGAAACGGACAACUCAACCUCGUCAGACAAAGAGACGCAGAAUAACGAGAAUGAGGAGCAGACCACCGGCACCAAGAGGAGGGGCCCGCGCACCACAAUUAAAGCCAAACAGUUAGAAACACUAAAAGCCGCUUUCGCCGCCACCCCGAAGCCGACGCGACACAUACGGGAGCAGCUUGCUCAGGAAACAGGCCUCAACAUGCGGGUUAUUCAGGUCUGGUUUCAGAACAGAAGAUCCAAGGAGCGGAGGAUGAAGCAGUUGAGCGCUCUGGGGGCGCGGCGGCACGCUUUCUUCCGAAGUCCCAGGCGCAUGCGCCCUUUGGGAGGACGCUUGGACGAGUCGGAGAUGAUGGGGUCUGCCCCGUACAAUUACUACGGAGAAUAUCAAGGAGAUUACUAUGGCCAGGCUACAAACUAUGACUUUUUCCCGCACGGCCCCCCGUCUUCGCAAGCACAUUCCCCGGCAGAUUCUGGCUACAUGCAGUCCUCAGGACCCGGAGCGACCUCACUCGGAGUACUCGAGCCUCCCCUAUCCGCCCACCACCCUCCCACUAUCGGUGGCAGCGAAAACCAAAGGUAUACGGACAUGAUAUCCCACCCCGACACUCCCAGCCCAGAGCCGGGUAUGACCGGACCUCUGCACCCGAUCCCAGGAGAAGUGUUCAGCGGAGGACCCAGUCCGCCUUUCUCCAUGUCGAGUAACAGUGGUUACAGCGGGCCGCUAUCACAUCCGAAUCAGGAGAUGAACGAGACUGCGGUCUGGUAAAGCGGAUCGGCCCCACAGUGAAUCCACUCCCCCAGACAAGUGGGGAGACCCGCCCCACGCUGGCAUUGGGUUAGUCAACUUUCUGCUCUUUGAAACCCUCUGCUAAAAAACCCUCCUCCACCCCUUCCCCCUCCCUUCCCCUACCUACCCCCCUCCCCUCCCUUCCCCGCAGAGGCAGAGGUGAGAUGACCUAUUGCCAACACCAUCUCAUGCAAGUGACCUCAAAGCGAGAGGCGAGGAAGCUGGUGGCGCGCACGCUUAGUUUGGUGGCGCGCACGUCGGCGGCGCGCCCGGGACGCGCGGCGGCAGAGAAGCGGCCCGCCGAGAGCCCGGCUCCGCAGUAAGUGUGGGACGAAGGCACUGGAUAUUAAUAGAGUUACUGAUUCUGUUGUCGAUGUGAAUAAAGAUCGUUUUAGUUUCCACCCGCCAUCAUCCGACAAUCCAUCUUUCCAUCAGUCAUAGAGAAAGAAUCUGGCAUCGAUGAUGACAAUCACUUUUAGUGCUUUGGGUAGUUAGUUCGCAUCCCACCAUCCCCCAGACACUCCCCUUGUGACAUCUUUCUAAAUUUCUUUAAUUAACUGUAAAAUUGUCACCAUUGAUGUUAAAAAGUAAAACUUGAAUAAAUAUCCCUUUUUUACAAA